CGACAAGCCCGAGGCCGCAGACGACGCGGCCGGCCCGGCACAGUCCGAUCCGCAGGCCGAAGGAGCCGAGGCGUCGCAGAGCGUGCCAGCAGACACGCCGAUUACCCUGACGGGCGCGACUGCUGCCCGAGCGGCCUCCGUGUCCUCUCGCCAGGGCCGCGAGGACCUGCCCCAGCGGAACCUGCGGCAGCGCAAGAAGAAGGACGGGGAAGGGGGGAGGAGGCGGAGGAACCACGGGCCUCGGCAGGCGCGACGGCCGUCAGCGCUGGCAAGCCCCUCAACCACGGCGCGGGGCCCAUGCCGGAGGGCAUCUUCUCUGUUGUUCGGUGGGGCCACAAGGAGCCAUUGAAGGCCAGGCAGGAGGCAGCCGACGCGGUGCAGUUCGACCUGCUCUUGAUCCUUACCAAGCCGGUCAUCCCUCUCUUCAUGCUCAUCUCCGUGGGCCAGGUCAUGAACGGCUUCAUAUCCUCCAUUUUCAUCGGGCACGCCUUGCGCAAGUGGGUGCCCAAGAUGACAUACGAGGCCCACCACCUGCUGUGCUGUUUCUUCGGAGUCGUCCACACGUUUCUGGGUGUCUCGGCGCAGCAAGUCGAGGAGUUUUCAAACCGAGAUGACCGGCAGAUUCUCCAUUUGGCGUGGUCGUGGUCAUUGAAGGACGUGAUGUCGGUGAUGCACAUGUGCUUGCUGGGAGCAACUGUGACAGCCACAGCUGCUCUGGGCAACGAGCCAUCAUUCGCCACGUCCUUUGCAGCGGGUAUCGCGCUCCGGAUCGCGAUGGCGCAGGACUCCUUCCGCGGGCUGCGGGCGACAUCGCUUGCUGGUUCAUGGGUGGAGGCCCGCUUGCUCGAUUUGGGCGUCAAGCUGGAGUCCGCCGAGGAAGUCGUUACGUAUAGUGGAUAUGGGAUCGGCGAUUGCGGAGGGGGUCCAUUCCGGAUGCUCUUCGGCGACGACAUCGCUGGGUACGCUGCUUUCGCCCUCAAGGCCUGGCUCAUGGCGAUGCCGUUGCUCUCCACUCUGCAGUGGGCGCACAGGGCGUACCGAGCCCACUGCAUGUAUCGAGAGAAGCGGAAGUUUUGGAAGCUGUGGCGCGGCGGGCAGCGCGCCUUGCUCUGCAUCCUUGGCGCCCUGCAGUGCUGCUUGCUCGGCGCCGCGGAGCUCAACGCGACGAACGGCGCGCUGGCGAACUUCUGGGUGGCCAUGCUCAUAGGGGCGGUGGGGGAGUCGCUGAUGAGCACGUUCGACAUCCGGGGUCCCGUCCGGCAGGUCCUCUUCGUGGUGCUGUUCAUCGUCAUCUGAGCGGUCAGGAGGCUCACCGUCGAGAUUUGUAUAGCAUCAGUCCCUGGUCCCCCCCCAUGACCUACCUCCUCGCCCUGCACUGCCGCCGCUGCUCCUCCUCUCUCCAUCCGCCAUCCCUGCCCCCCUCCAUGGUUCGCAUGUGGCCCCCUAGCCUCCCUCCCCCGCGCGGGCGGACGCCGUGGGCGCGCGCUCUGCCGCGAGCCGAGAGGCCGCCGGGGCCACCACUUGCCUCACGGCUCUGCAGGGGGCCACGCGCCGUGCAGGGAAGGGGGGAGGAACUCGAAGGAGGAGCGGCCGCGGCGCGGGGCGCACCCCGCGGCAGGCCUGGCGCUCGGGACGAGCCUUGGCGUCCCGUGCUCCGGGACUCUAUAAUCAACUUUUUCCCCCGGGGCGACGCGGCGUGCCCCUGCUGCGGCGAGGCGAGCACGUGCUGCUGGCGUCAUCGUUCCACCGGCCCCUGUCCCAAUCCCCAUCCCCAUCCCCAUCCCCA